AUGGAUAGAAAUGGAAUUUUGAGACUACUUUUGCUCUUCUUCUUGAUUUUCUCUGAUGUUUCUAACGCUUCUUUUCUCUUGAAGAUUCGACAAUUGGUUGCUCUUCAAGACGGCAACAAGUCCGUCCAAAUCCAAGCAUCUCCAUCGCCAAGUCCAGAUCCUGCUAAGACGCUAAAUACGACAAACACUGAGGAUAAUUCGACAAGCAUUAAUAAUAAUAAUAAUAGCAGUAAUAUUAGUAAUAAUAAUAAUACGGGAAUUGUGGGUCCGAGCUCGAUUCCGGGGAAUCAAACGGAUAGUGAAAUCGAGAAACAUAAUGAUGAGCCGAAGAAAGUAAGUGAAGAGAAGGAUCAUCAUAAGACUGAUUCGGAAUCAGAGGUUGGUGGGGAGAAUUGCACAACAGUGGCUGCUAGGAGGUGCACAGACCUGAAGUCGAUGACUGCUUGCGUUCUUGGUUUUGAUAAUGGAUCUCAAUGGUGGACAGUUCUUAUACAAAAUUCUGGGGAACACAAUUUGUCAGUGGAUGUGCUCGCCCCAAAUCCUAUUGACAAUUCUUUGGUUGAAGUAGGGAAACACCGAACAAAAAAGGUACAUUUGUUGGCCUCCUUCUUAAGCAGAGUUUCCCUGUUUGCUUUGCAGAUAAAUUUGACUGUUGGUGAAAACGCAGAGGUGAUAUUAAAUGCUAAAAACGGGGAAUGUGUUCUGCACUUGGGUCCUCUUGGAUCUCACGGAAACUUUUUCUUGUACCUCCCUUCUUAUGACCAGCUAAUUACCCCCAUCAAUGGUGCUUACUUCCUAAUUAUUACAGUGGUAGUUUUUGGGGGUACACUUGCUUGCUGCAUGUGUAGGAAGAGGAGACGGGAGGCUGGAAUCGCUUAUCAGGAGCUUGAAAUGGCAAUGCCAGAAUCUGGUAUUGCCAACGAUGUAGAAACAGCAGCAGGCUGGGAUAAGGAUUGGGAUGAUAACUGGGAUGAAGAAAAUGCAAUAAAGUCACCAGCUGUUCGUCAUUCAGCUAGUGUCUCAGCAAAUGGCCUUACUUCUAGGAAUCCAAACAAAGAUGGAUGGGAGAAUGAUUGGGAUGACUAG